AUGGAUCAACGGCAUGAAAGUGCACUCAAUUAUCAUAAUCCUGUGAUCCUCAUGGGUAACAAUUCUGUACUGAAAGUAUACAGUUCUUCUGAGGGAAAGUAUUACACAGUUUGCCAGGAAGGAUGGAAUCCUGCCAUAAACACUCUAACCUGCAAAGAGCUGGGCUUCAAUAGCAUUUCCUCCUCUAGAACCAUUGAUCUAAAAUCCUUCAAUAAUCCUUGCACAGAAGACUAUGCAAUGCUAAAUGAAUCUGAAGCUGUCGCCAAGCAGAUUUCCAGUCUGUUGAAGCCAGUAAAGACCUGCCCCAGCAGUAAAGGCAUAUCUCUUCAAUGCACAGAUUGUGGUAAAUCCUCAAAGGUCAUUAGUCGUAUCAUUGGAGGUAAUGUUUCAGAAGCAGGACGAUGGCCGUGGCAGGUGAGCUUGCACUGGGAUGGACAGCAUGUCUGUGGAGGUUCCAUCAUUUCAACAGAAUGGAUCAUCACAGCUGCGCACUGCUUUCAACUGUACAACAUGGUGACAGUAACGAAGUGGGCAGCAUAUGCAGGCUCCAUCUAUAGGUCAGGCUCAACCACAGAGAGAUAUCUUGUGCAGAAAAUCAUUUACAAUGCCCGUUUCUCAGAGAAGGAUAAUGACUAUGAUGUUGCAUUAAUGAAGACAGCAGCACCAAUUCUAUUCUCAGAUAAAAUUAAACCAGUAUGUCUCCCAGCAUAUGGUCAGCAGUUCUACUCUGCUUCUGACUGCUGGAUCACUGGAUGGGGUUAUACAACUGAAGGUGGAACAAUUUCUUCACUUUUGAGAGAGGCCAAGGUCCAGCUUAUAGACAGCAUAGUAUGUCGUCAACCAGAUGUCUAUGGUAAUUACAUUACGAAUCGCAUGUUCUGUGCUGGUUCCAUGAAUGGGAAACUAGAUUCUUGUCAGGGUGAUAGUGGAGGUCCACUAGUGUGCCAGGAAGGUGGACUUUGGCAGUUGGCUGGGAUUGUGAGCUGGGGAUUUGGCUGUGGCAGACCUCACUUGCCAGGAGUUUACACCAAUGUGACAGAUCUGUUGGACUGGAUAUACCAAAACUUACAGGCUGACAAAGAUACGCAUUAAAAGGAAAAAGCAAAAUAUAUAAAGAAGAGAGGGAUUGCUGUUUUAGUUACUGUGAGCACUGAUUCUGCUUAUGAUAUAUACGAAAAUGGUUGCUGAAGAACAUGUUCUAAGUGUGUUCGACCAACCUCACCAUCACUCUUCACCAAAAAUCACUACUUUUAUUAAGGAAAUGGUUCUGUGCCCCAACAACCAUAUGCUCACAAGUGCAUAACCACAUACACAGAUAAAGUGGAAUCAAACUACACUUCAGUUUUCAAGGCACCGGCAUUAGUGCUAAUUUCCUAAUCAGCGAUACCUGUCAUGCCAUGCAUUUUUACAGAAAGAGAGCUCUAUAUAUACUUCCCCAAGAGGACAUUGUUGUGAAGCUAUGAAACAACAUUCUUCCAAGGUUUACUUGGAAAAGGAUACUGCUGAAAGAAUUACAUUAAUGCCAUAAUAAAACAUUAGCUUAACCUCAGGAUCCAUCCCUUGCCAUUACAAGAAAGCCGUUUAAAAAGCAAGUUUACAAUGCAUAAUGUAUAGGAGGGCUUUGCAAAUUUCUGCAUAAGCAGAAACUGCAUAUCUCAGGGAAUCUUAACUUUUGUGAUCAUUCAUAUGCAUUUGAGAAUGUGUGUGUGCUUCAUAGAGAUCUACAAGCAAACAAAAGCAAAAAGACAGACAGACAGACUCAUGUUCUUUCCAAGUGUUUCUAUGAUUUAGUACAAUCAUGCAGAGAUGUUUCUGAGAAUAUACAAUUUGUCCAAAAAUGUAUUUCUCCGUUAGGCAGCUUAAGCUUCUAUGGACAAACUGGUUUAACAUUAAACAGAGAACCCAUGACAGCACUGUGACUUGCAAAAUAUGAAUACUGAGCUUUAUAUUAGUUCUGAACUCUACUAAGCAAUGUAUAUGUUGACAUAAUUACUGAAGUUGGUUUGUUACACUAUAAGAGUAUGCUAUGCAGUUUGACUUGUUUGUAAAAUUAGUAAAACUCUAAUCAUGAGUGCAUAUGAGCACAACAACAGUUGCAGUCCCACCCCACUCCAAAACAAGUUUACUAAGCAGAUACAUGCAACAUCCCCAUUUCAUAAAAUGAUAAUCCACAUUAAGGGUGUUGUAACACUUAGAUAUAUGAAUGUUACCAGGUAUUUAGCCAAGUCUACAGCCUAGUGCCUAAAAAAAAUCCUACCAAGGCAUACAUCAG